UAAUUGGUCCAACACAUGUGUGGACCAUAGGGACAUGGAGAUAUUUUAGUGGGAACUUAAAAAUAUGACCUCUAAGUCAUUUCUCUUCAUUUCUACACUUAGAAUAAAAAUUAAGAAGGAGGAGAACAACAACUCCAACCUCACGGCUAAGAGGAGAGAAAAACAAGAUCAUCUUUUUAGCUCCUCUAAAAUUAUUCCAUUGAUGUAAACCCACUAUAUUGAGGUCCCUAAGUAGCGUGGAAGCAUCGUUGGAGCGAUCAACCCAUUAUUUUCAUCUUUUAGAAACCCUAGGCUAUUGGAAAGUUGAAGAAGGAAGGUACAGACGCACAGCCUGGUGAUCCAUCUGUUUAGGACACCCUUUCUGCUAUUCGGAGUGCUCCUCUCUUUCCGGAUCUUAUACUUUUGGUAUAUAUAUUUAUUAGUGCAUUUGUAUAUAUUCGUUCAUGGGUACGACGGGGCCCUGUCCCGUCAUAUGAUUCUGUCGGUCUGUUUAGAGGUCUGUGGACGUGUUUGUGGGUUAGGGUCUUUCUGUAUGGAUGUAUGUACAUGUCGUUUGGGCGAUCCCAUACGCCGAGGCGGCCGGUCCGCAUAUGUUGUUUGGGCGAUCCUAUACGCCGAGGCGGCCGGUCCGCAUAUGUUUAUAUAUUGCUUGGUUAGCCCUGUGUGGCUCUUGUUGGUAUUUUCUGCGUGCAGGGUAUAUUGGAUAGUUCGUAAAACAAAGGAAACUCUGCCGAAAUUUUCUGGAAAUUACCUAAAUUUGAAAUAAAGUCUUGUCGGCUUCCGCCAUAUACUAGAAUGAGUUGAUAGAAUUUGAGAUAAUAUUUGAUAGAUGGGUUCGGGUGCCCAGAUCGGGCACUAGUCACGGCCUACGGGGUUGGGUCGUGACAAAAUCAAAUUGAGGGUUUAUCUUGUUGGAGACAAAUUAAAGUCAAUUUAUGUGAUUCUUCGAGGUUUUGUUGUGACUAACAUGCAUGCCGCACAUCUUUCCUAUAAAAGGCAACUUAUCAUUCAUUCAAUUUCAUUACUAUAACAUUGCCUCACUGUGAAAAUAGCAUUCAUACAUCUUUCUUUCAUCACCGUCUUGGUGGUACUUCUUACUGGUUCUAACUAUAUUACUCAAAUAUAUGACCAAUGUUUGGGUGAUCAAAAAGCCUCAUUAAUUAAAUUCAUGAAUAACCUCACGUUCGACUCUUCUUUGUCAACCAAACUAGUCAAGUGGGAUCAAAACGCUGACUGUUGCCUGUGGCCAGGUGUAAGUUGUGAUGAGGAAGGUCAUGUGCUUGUUCUGGAGUUGGACGAGGAAGCCAUUUCUGGCGGAAUUGAUAACUCAAGCAGUCUCUUCAAUCUUCAACAUCUUGAGAAGCUGAACAUGGCUAAUAAUACGUUAGACUCUGUUCGAAUACCAACAGAAAUUUAUAAGCUCAAAAACUUGACAUACUUGUAUCUGUCCUUUGCUGGUUUUGAUGGGCAAAUUCCAAUUGAGUUGUCAAGAUUAACACAUUUGGUGUUUCUUGAUCUUUCUUCUUAUAAUUCCGACGAAUUAUCCGAUGAAUUACCAUUUUCUCAUCCUUUCUUAGAGCUUGGGAGCACAGAUUUGAAGACACUGGUCGGAAACCUAGCAAAUCUUAGAGAACUUUAUCUUGAUGGAGUGAACAUUUCAUCGAAGGGGAGUGAGUGGUGCUCGGCUGUAUCCUCAUCUCUACCUCAGUUAAGAGUGUUGAGCAUGAGAUAUUCUGGCAUUUCAGGCCCUCUUGACCCUAUCCUUUUAAAUCUUCACUUCCUUUCAGUCAUUCGUCUCGAUGGCAAUGACUUGUCCCAUAUUCCAGAAUCUGUAGUAAAUUUUACAAAAUUAACUACCAUGAGUCUCCGGAGUUGCAACUUGCGAGGUUCAUUUCCCAGUAAACUCAUUCAUUUACCAACUCUACAGGAGCUUGAUUUAUCACACAAUGAAAACCUUACUGGCCCUUUACCUGAAUUUCCACAGGGAAGUGCAUUAAGGGAAGUAGUUCUUAGCCACACGGGUUUCACCGGGUGGCUUCCAGAUUCAAUUGGUAAUCUUAGUAAUUUGACCCGGCUUGCUCUAAGUUCAUGCAAUUUCAGUGGGCCCAUUCCAUUGACUCUGGGAAAUCUCACGGACCUAGUUGUUCUUGACUUGUCAUCCAACAGCUUUAGUGGCUCAAUCCCACUCUUUCACAAGGCAAAGAAACUCUAUAGCAUUGACCUCUCUACUAAUAAUCUAACAGGUCCACUUACUUCUGCUCAUUUUGGAAGCCUUUCAGACCUUGUGUCUCUAUACUUAAGCGAAAAUUCCAUCACUGGGACAGCUCCGUCAGUUCUCCUUUCCCUCCCUUCAUUGCAGAUCCUUUAUCUUCGGAAAAAUCAAUUCAGUGGAGAAGUCCAUGAAUUUGAUGCAUCCUUCUCUGUUUUGGAAAAAAUUGAUUUGAGCAGUAACCAUCUAAAUGGAUCGAUCCCGCGAUCUAUCUUUAAACUAAAAAGGCUUUCAGAGCUCUUGCUGUCGUCCAACUCAUUUAGUGGGACCAUUAAAAUCGAAGUGAUGAAGGAACUACCUGGGCUAUACUGGCUUGACCUUUCUUACAACAACUUGAGAAUUGAUGUAGAGGGUAGUAAUUCGACCUCAUUUCCCUUUCCCCAGUUGUCUGUAAUAAGGUUGGCCUCAUGUGAGUUGCAAAAGUUUCCAGAUCUUACAAACCAGUCUAGUAUGUUGGACUUAGACCUUUCACUUAACAACAUUAAAGGACAAAUACCCAGCUGGAUUUGGAGUGUUUAUUAUCUGAAUCUUUCUUGCAAUCUCCUGGAGUCUCUAGAAAAUCCUUACGUGUCUACCACUCUUCAGUUUAUGGACUUGCAUUCCAACAUGAUCAACGGCAAUCUUCCCACCCUACCUAUUUCUCUCACCUACUUAUCACUUGCCAAUAAUAAGUUUACGGGAUCAAUACCGUCUUCCAUAUGCAAUCUAGAUCAGCUUCAAUUUCUUGAUAUGUCAAACAACUCCUUGAACAACAAAAUACCUCCAUGUCUACUCCAAAAGACUGACCUUCUCGUAGCGUUGAAAUUAGGGAGAAACAAACUAAGUGGCGUCCUUCCUGAUACAUUUGCGCUGAAUUGCAAUUUGAAAACUUUAGACCUCAGCAACAAUAACUUAGAAGGAAAAGUUCCAACAUCCUUGGAAAGAUGUGCAUUUCUGGAGGUUUUUGAUAUUGGAAACAACAAGAUUAGAGAUACAUUCCCAUGCAUGUUGAAGAAAAUAUCCAGUUUGCAUGUCAUUGUCUUGAGGUUGAACAGGUUCCAUGGGAAUCUCCAGUGUCCUAUAGUUAAUAAUCAAACCUGGUCAAAGCUUCAAAUUGUGGAUCUUUCUUCCAACAAUUUCAGUGGAGAUCUGCUACCACAAUACUUCUUCAACUGGAAAGGAAUGAUCUUGAGCAGCAAUUCAAUGCAGGGGCACCAACAUUUGCAAGUUGAUUUCAUCGUGACAUUUUACUAUCAAAAUACAGUGACUUUAAAUCUCAAAGGUCAGCUAAUGGAGAUUUUGAAUAUUGUUGAAGCUUUCACAUCCAUUGAUUUCUCGUGCAACAACUUCCAAGGAGAGAUACCAGAUGUAUUGGGAGAUCUCAAAUCGCUUUACCUUCUUAACUUUUCACACAAUGCUUUGACAGGCAAAAUACCAAAGGCACUUGGAAAGUUGACUCAGCUUGAAUCCUUAGAUUUCUCAGUGAACCAGUUAAGUGGUAGAAUUCCAGAGGAGCUUGGGAGUCUCACAUUCCUUGCUGUCUUGAACCUAUCUUUUAAUCAACUUUCUGGUAGGAUUCCAAAUGGCAACCAACUUAGAACGUUCUCAUCAGAUUCCUUUGAAGGAAACAUAGGGCUGUGCGAUUUUCCUUUAAAGAACUCUUGCAGUGAAACUAAAGUGAAUGGAUCGUCACAACCAAGCAGCCAUUCUGAACAUGAUGAAAUUGACGGGAAAUUUAUAGGUUUUGCCUUGGGAUCUUCUAUGGGUUUUGGCAUCGUGAUCUGGCUACUCUUGCAUUGCCGAAGAUAUAAUGAGCUCGUUGAUAGUUUUCUUUUCAGAAUUUUGGGUCCGCACAAAAAGAGUGGCAGGAAUAAAAACCGAAGGAGGUCAAGAUAAGUAAGGCUAGAAGCUUUGAUGUUUGAUCUU